AUGGUUUGUUGGUGCUGGUGUUACAUCGAAUCUAUGUUUCAAGAAGAAGGGUUAUCUUCUGUAACUUCUUCACCUCUUCAGUUCUUUUCCAUGAUGUCUCUUUCAGUUUCACCUAGCUUAGGAUCUCCCUACCAAAUGAAAUGCGAGCAAAGGGGUUUGGUAUUAAUCCAUUUGUUGCUCGCUGGUGCUAAUUUUGUAGCCACCGGUGAUUUACAAAAUGCAAACCUCACACUUGAGCAGAUUUCCCAGCAUGCCUCUCUUGAUGGGGAUACUAUGCAGCGAAUUGCUUCUUAUUUUUCUGAAGCACUCGCUGAUCGGAUACUUAAAACAUGGCCUGGCAUCCACAGGGCCCUCAAUUCCAGCAGAAUAACUAUGGUUUCUGAUGAAAUUCUUGUUCAAAAGCUCUUCUUUGAGCUUUUACCCUUCCUCAAGUUCUCAUAUAUCCUCACUAAUCAGGCUAUUGUUGAAGCCAUGGAAGGGGAGAAAAUGGUGCAUAUAGUUGAUCUCUAUGGGGCCGGACCGGCACAGUGGAUUUCUCUCCUCCAAGUUUUGAGUGCACGUCCUGAAGGUCCUCCCCAUUUGAGAAUCACCGGGGUCCAUCACAAGAAAGAGGUUCUGGAUCAGAUGGCUCAUAAACUCACUGAAGAGGCGGAAAAGUUGGAUAUCCCAUUCCAAUUCAACCCUGUGCUAAGCAAGUUGGAAAAUCUUGAUUUCGACAAACUUCGCGUUAAAACUGGGGAGGCACUGGCAAUAAGUUCUAUUCUGCAGUUGCACUCCCUUUUGGCCUUGGAUGAAGAUGCCUCGCGGAGAAAAUCGCCUUUUUUGUCAAAAAACUCAAAUGCAAUUCACCUGCAGAAAGGCCUCCUCAUGAACCAUAACACACUGGGAGAUUUGCUUGACGGCUAUAGCCCGAGUCCUGAUUCGGCCUCAUCCUCACCAGCAGCGUCUUCAUCUGCUUUGAUGAAUUCAGAGAGCUUUCUUAAUGCCUUGUGGGGGUUAUCCCCAAAAGUCAUGGUUGUAACUGAACAAGACUUUAACCACAACUGUUUGACCAUGAUGGAGAGACUGGCAGAAGCUCUAUUUUCUUAUGCUGCAUAUUUUGAUUGCUUGGAGUCCACGGUCUCAAGAGCAUCCAUGGACAGAUUAAAACUUGAGAAGAUGCUUUUUGGCGAGGAGAUAAAGAACAUCAUAGCUUGUGAAGGAUGUGAAAGAAAAGAAAGGCACGAAAAGAUGGAUAGGUGGAUCCAGAGACUUGACUUAUCUGGAUUUGCAAACGUGCCUAUAAGCUAUUAUGGGAUGCUGCAGGGAAGGAGGUUCUUGCAGACCUAUGGUUGUGAGGGGUACAAGAUGAGGGAGGAAUGUGGUCGGGUGAUGAUAUGCUGGCAGGAGCGAUCCUUGUUUUCCAUAACAGCUUGGAGACCAAGGAAGUAAGAUAAAGAAGAAAAUUAGUCAUGUAGUAAUGGAUAGAGUCUCUUUUUUUAAGUUUUUCUUUUCUUUUCUUUGUUUCUAAUUGUAUGACAGAGUUUUACCAAUGUGGUAAUGACUAGUAAUGAAGAGAUACUUCUAUUUCCUUAUUUCGCUGUCAAAUUCUGUCAAGAGAGAAAUGGGAAGAUGGAAAGCUGUGAGGGAGUGAGUGUGAAACACUUAUUUCUGGUUGUGUUCACCAUUCCAUUGUAUCUGUUGUGUAAGAGCUAAUCUAAGUUGAUUUUUAGUGCAA